AUGUCAAACACAGUUUAUGGAGGUGAUGAAGUUAAUGCAAUUAUACUAGAUCCAGGUACUUAUAAUACACGAAUAGGUUACGCAGGUGAUGAUUUCCCAAAGAUUAUAACACCAUCAUAUUAUGGAGAAUACUCCAACAAGGAUACCACCAAGAAGUUAUUUGGUCAAGAUUUACUCAUACCUAGAUCAAAUUUUGAAAUUAAACCAUUAUUAAAAGAAGGUUUAAUCUCAGAUUGGGAUUCUACAAUAUUACAAUUUAAUCAUUUAUUUAAUCAAUUGAAAAUUCAACAGCUGGAACAACCUUUAUUAUUAACUGAACCAAUCUGGUCAUCAACAGAAUAUAAAACAAAAUUAAUUGAAUCAGUAUAUGAGAAUUGGCAAUUCUCCGGUUUUUACGUAGCGAAGGUUCCAACCUGCAUUAGCUUUCAACAGGGGAGACCAAAUUGUCUCGUUGUUGAUUUAGGUCAUGAUACAAUUUCAGUAACUCCUGUAGUUGAUGGAAUUUGUUUAAUAAAAAAUUCAAUGAAGACAAAUUAUUCUGGUAAAUUUUUAAAUUCAAUAAUUGAAGAUUAUUUACAAGAUAAAAAUAUUGUAUGGGAACCGCUGUAUAAAAUCAAACUGAAGACAAUUACAAAAUACCCUGAACCGGCUCAAUUUCAAUUAAAGAGUGGAAUUGAAACUACAAAUUCAUAUAGUCAGUUUUUAAAAUUACAAAUGUAUCAUGAAUUCAAAGAAUUAUUAAUGAUUCCAGAGAAAGGACAAACGGAAUUUCCAAAACGUAUAUUUGAAUUAUCAACAGGUCAACAAAUAACCCUCGAAAAAGAAAGAUUUCAAUUUGCUGAUUGUAUUUUCGAGCCUAAACUGUAUGAAUUUAAAAAUAAACAACUUGAAUUACCUCCAAGUAAUGGAGAAAUCAAAAAUUUAAAUCCCUUAAAUGAAUAUAGACCAUUAAAAAGAUUUAAAAAAAGUGAACAAGAAGAAAAUGAAACUGCUUCAACUACUCCAAAUCCAGAUGUUGAAGUUAGAGGAUUAUCUCAAUUAAUUACCCACAGUUUAAAUUUAAUCGAUAUUGAUUUAAGAUCAUCUAUAGCUAAUAAUAUAAUUGUCACUGGUGGUGUUUCUUUAAUUCCUGGGUUAACUGAAAAAUUAUAUCAUGAAUUGACUAAUAAUAAUCCAGGUUUAAAAAUUAGAUUACAUGCAGUUGGAAAUCAACAAGAAAGAAUUAAUCAAAGUUGGAUUGGUGGUAGUGUUUUAGCUAGUUUAGGUACGUUUCAUCAAAUGUGGGUCACAAAACAAGAAUAUGAAGAGGUGGGGAUAGAUAGAUUGUUGAAUCAAAGAUUUAGGUAA